AUGCAAUUCCAAACUGUUAUCCUCGCUUUGACUGCUGUCGCCGCUGUGUCUGCUAAGAACGCUACUGGUGCUGCUGCCGGUAACGGUACCGGUGCUGCUGGUAACGGAACUGGCUCUAACGGUUCUCACUCCUCUUCUUCCGGUUCCGGUGCUUCCCAAGCUGUCGGUGCUGGAUUGGUCGGAGCUGCCGCUGCUGCUGGUGUCGCCUUGUUGUUCUAA